GUGAGAUCCAAUGAGCAACACACGGACAGUGUUCAUACACGCUCGUGCUAGCGCUUUGGGAGGCAAAGCAGAAGUAGGCGUGAAGAAAAAAUGGCAGACCUCGAACCAAUUUCUGACCAAGAAAAGGUGCGCAUAGCAUCAUCGUUCAUUCGGCAUAUACCCCCCGGAGAAUUCAACGAGGUCUUUAACUCUGUGAGAACUUUGGUCAAUAACGAUAAGUUACUGAAGGAUCAAGUGGUGGAUGCCAUUGCUCAGUACAAUAAUGAGCAACUCACCCCUUGCAAAGUUGACAACGAAAUGGUUCUCAUCACUGAACAUGGGAACGUCGGCGGUAAUCGCUACGUGGCGCCCAACCUAAAGAAGUCUUUCAAAUAUGACCAUCUGCGGAAGGAGUCUUCGGACAUUGACUCCCAUGCCGUGAACGAGAUGGCGGAGCCGUGGAGGGCGGCCAUGGACAAGGCGAUAAUUGCCCAUGUCAAGGAUCACUUUCCAAACGGAGUCCACACGGUCUACGGAAAGAGCGAUGGGGAUGCAGUCACGUUGAUUGUAUGUAUCGAAGAUCACAAGUUCAGCCCCCAUAACUUCUGGAAUGGACGCUGGCGAUCACAGUUUUCCACAACUUUCACUGGCCCCGGGACCAAGGCCGAAGUCAAGGGGAUCAUGAAGACUCAGGUCCACUAUUACGAAGACGGCAACGUCCAGCUGGUCAGCCACAAGGAAAUCAAGGAACAAAUAUCAAUAUCGGAUGAGGCAGCUACAGCCAAGGCCAUCCUGAACGUGAUCGAGAAGGCCGAGAACGACUACCAGAGCUCCAUGGUGGAUGAUUACAAAGUCAUGUCGGAGACAACCUUCAAGGCUCUGCGACGCCAGCUUCCCAUCACCCGCUCCAGGAUCGACUGGAACAAGAUCAGCGAUUACAAACUAGGCCAGGAGUUGAAAGGUGCCGAGGCAGACUAGACCAACCAUCUCCACCCCCUCCUCCCCCAAAAUAAACAAUGCCAUUUUAAAAAGAAACAAAGAUAUACUGUUUAAACGUUUGCUCUCCGCUGGGUUUAUGUAUGUGAGUGGGGAGUCGUACAUAUCUACAUACCGGGCUCUAAUAUUACUGGGGAUUUUUUUUUUUCCUGUGAAUGUGAGUUCCAAAGAGAUUCAUCCGAUUUCGUUAUAAGUUGUAGGCAGAAGUUCUUUCCUUGAAGUUGCACUCGCAGAAUGUUGGUGACGCAUUGGGUUUCUCAUCAGACUUCUGCACUGAUGACUUUGCACUGUGUGUACAGCUUUGUCAUGAUGCUUAGCAGACUGAAGGCCCCAAUUGCUCUGUUGGAAAGUGCAGGUGUAAACAGUGUGUGACAUCAUCAGUGUAUAGGAUAAGAUAAUAGAGAGCGCUUUCCAUGCAUUUUGACAUGAGCCUAUUUCUAAAAUAACUCGACAGGAGAUCUCGGAAACUCGAUGCGUCUUUUUGUAGGAUUAGUUCUCCAGUAGCUUGAGUCUGAGUUUUUUCUUCACUUCAGAACUUAAAAAAACCAAAUUCUCGGUCCAAAGUUUCUUGCACAUGUUCACAUUCAUGGUUGUGGUCUGGCCCCAAAUGCACAUGGAGAAUUGAAAGAGUGCUACAAGAAAAUUUCAUAACUUCAGAAGAGUGUUGGGCGAUCAUGUUGGUCUGUAGUUUUGAAAGGAAAUUGUCGCGUCGUUCAAAGUCGAAACGGGACCAGAUGUUAUUGAACAGCAUUGAGUGUUCUUGUACAUUGUUUAAAAAGAAAAUUUCUUUUUCCCGUUUGUUUUGCAAUCAUAUUGAAAAAAAAGGAAAAUUGAUUGAGAAUGACUUUAUCUGUUGAUAAGACUGCAAAUUAAUUGUCUUAGAUUUUUUUGUCAGCGCAAGUCAUACAGCUGCAUGGUGUAGACUACAUAUAUAUGAAUCGUUAGUAACUUUGGCUUAUUUAUACAAAGUAUUACCCAGUAAUUAUAGAUAACUGAUGAUUUGUGAGAGCAGGGGAAAAUGUUACGGCAACUAGUUAAUUAUGAAAAGAAAAGGCAUGAGAUGGAAUUCUUUUACUGAAUGCCAAGAGUUUGAUCUUUUUUUUUUUCACAGUGUCUAACAUCUUGUCAAUAUUUCUGCAGUUUUAUGUUCUGUAGUUUUUUUUUAUCUGCUGGGCGUUGUAGUUACCGGGCAAGUUGGAGUUGUAAGAAUUCAAGCUGGUAGAACAACUGUCUGUGUCACCUUAAGUACCCUCUGUCUGCUGAAAUCCAACACUUGCUUUUGGCAGUAUAUUCAGGACUUCACUGUUACUGUUCAGCUAGGGCCUUGAUGGCUCAUAGGGCCCCAUUCAUUCACACAGACCAGCGGUAAUGAAUUCCGUGAAACAGAACACAAGGUUUUUCCGUGGGACAGUUUACAAACUACUCGGUCAGGGCACAAACCGCCGCAUCUAGAAACCUAGGCAGUGUUCUAAGAUACUAAACUGAGACUCGCACGUUGUGGCCUCUCAGAGGCCUUGUUAGGUGUCACGUCACAGAGUCGGUGGGAGAACGUUGGAGCGAGAGUGGGCGUUGCUUUCUCCUGCCUGUGAUUCUUCCUAUGGGGUGCUACUAUUAAAAGUGGAAAAUCGUCAACAUGAAAUGACUUGCAGGAUGCAUGGAUUUCUGCCAUGCGUGUAAAUGUACCGAGUAAAUGCGCCGUGUACCACUUUCAUUCAGCGCAUUCCAUUACUGCACUUCUGUGUAAACAGGUAUUUUGCCUGCAGAAUUGCCCAUUGUUGGAUGCACAGUGCUGGAUUUUUGGAGUUGUAGAAAAGUUCUUAGCAAAAAUACACAGCCUAACAAAAUAAUGCUUUGGAUGGCCCUCUUUUCAGAGUGUUUUAUCAUUGCCUCAGCCUUUGGGGGGAAUUUGUUCAUGUUAGUGUUGGAGCCAUCUUCAAAAAUAAUUCCUUGGUUGUUGUGAGAACGAUGAAAGCGAUAUCUUCAUGAAGGAUAAGUAAGACUGACUCAAUGGCCAUGUUUAGGAAACUAUUGAAUAUAUAUUUCACUAAAACUGUGACUUGAUGUAGAUAAUCUAUAAUGGCUUACGAAACAGAAAAUGUAUCUAAUAUUGUAGGUACUUUGUCAUCGAUUUCACCCGAAGAUUCCACAUCAAAGAUAUUGAUAAGGCCAUGCUAUCAAGGUCACUUGUGACAAGAAUCUUUUGCCUGUUCUAGUAAUCUGCUUUACAUUAAAGAAUCCUGCAGUAAUGAGUACCCAAUUGACACCCCAAGCUGGUCUUUAUUCACAAGUUUUCUCUUGCGGGACAUCCGUGCCACGCAAAUGCCAUUUCUUGCAGAACUUCAAAAUUGGUUCUUUAUUUUCUUGAGUGGUUAACUUGUAUCUCUAACAUAUUACUAAAGAUUUUCAUAUGCCGUAGCAGACCACCUGCUUCAGAUCACCAGGGAAAUAUCUUAAGUGGAGUGGGUGUUCGCAUCAAAGAAACUGUUGAUGAAUUGUUUAAAUCAACCCAGGGUUAUGUAAUCGUUUGUUAGUGAAAUCUGGUGGUGGUUAUGAAAGACAAUAGCUGUAGAUCUGGGCAUGUGAUUUAAACGUCUCAAUGAAAACUGUUUUUAUACCUGUUAGUCCAAAAUUCAGCAUUUUUCUUUCUUUUAAAUGACGUUUAAUGGGAGAAUUAAUGGGUUCAUAAAGAAUGCACCCACAACUAGAGUGGAACCAAUGAAUCUUGUUUUAUACCUUAAAAAGUAUAAUGCUUCGUGAUUUCAAUUUAACAAAGCACCAUGCUUGUUUGAAGCACAUACAGGUUGGUUACGUCAGAAGGAGAACAUUACGGAUACAAAUGAAUCUUGUAACCCGUGCAUUAACAGCUCUCUUUGUCAGGUUGCAGUGUUGAAGUCAAGACCAUCACAAAACCAUUGACAGCACCUGUCAUAAGUAACGGGGUGAACCUUGGCAACGGAAUGAUCUUGUUGAAGUUUAUUCAAAUAACUUGUGACUUGAAAUCCGUAUGAAUAGUCGGCAACAUGAUGAGGGAAGUCGGUAUACUUCAAGACGGCUGUGUGAGAUUUUGUCCUGGCUAUUGUAAGCAGAUUCUAAGGAUCGCUCAUCUGAAUAAUACCGAGUUUUGUGAUGAGAUUUCACGAACA